UCCCCCUCCCCCCCGACAUGCUACUGAGCAAAACAAAGCGCCACGUGUGAGGGCCGCACCUUGCGGGGGCUCACUGGGCCCGUUCCGUCUCUGAGGUCACGCGCCUUCAUUGCUCUGGUUCUUUCGGCCGCUUCGCUCGCCGCGCACCAGGGAAUACAGGUCGCCCCCGGUUUCUCUGCCGUCGCCUUCUCGGCGUUUCUUCGGAGGGAACGUUCCAUCCCAUUCCAUUCCUGGGCUACAAUUUGUGGCGCCUUCUUUCCCUCAGUGGGCUCCCGCCCUCCUCCCUUACUGUACGUAUUAUUGAUACACAAUAGGCCGUAUCACAAAUUUUAUAUUUAUGUGUUAGGAGACUUGCCCGGCCUGCGAGGCAGGGCCCCUCUGGGCCUCCUUCUUCCAGGCCGCACUUGGCGCCCCGACUUCUCGGCAGCUCUAAGUAAGGCCCUACGUAGCUACGCCCAAGGAAGCAUCUCCUUUUGAAUGACUUGGAACACUUGGCUCGUCCGAGCGACCCUGGGCUCCCGGGCUGGAGACGAAAAGCCGCUUCGCCCUUUUGGAGACUAAGACAUCAGGGUAGGGGAGAAGGGGAAGGGUCUCGCCCCAGAUUGGCCCCAAAUCAACAUGACGGCCCGGCGACUUCACGGUUCUCUUUAAGGCUCUUCCUAUUGAUUGAGACGCGGCCGGCCUCUCAACAAUAAGAGCUGUGAUUGGCUAGAAUCUGAUUGGUUGCUAAGGGGAUUGGUGCGGACGCCGUUGGAGGCGUGCCGCAGAUUUUUAAACGUACAUGAGAAUGGGGAGGAAGGGGAUGGGGGAGGGACCAGGACGGAUGGAGCUCCGAGGUAGAGGCGGGACUUAAGAAAUCGCAGGAGCACAUUGGUUCACCGUAAACCGGGGAGGGAGGACCUCGAACUCCCUUUCAUUGUGAUUAGUCGAAAUAAGUGAAAAGAGGGGCCGUGAUGCGAGAGAGCGGCACAAGGGCCUGUUUUCAUUGGUGAAGAUUUCCAGGAGGCGUGGCAUCGACGGCGGAUGAUUGGCCCGAGGGCGAAGGUAGGCGGGGACGGAGGACGGAGGUUUUGUUGUGAGGGUCGGUUGUCAAGCAGCGGCCAAUCAGGUCGGAGGAUGGAGUCAGGUGGGGGCCGCGCUGGGAGCGGAUCCUCCACCAUCAGAGCAGCCGCCGCUGCCGCCGCCGCAGAUUAACAUAACUCUACAAUGGACCAAAACUGAUUCUCCAUGGUCUGGGAUGUAUGCUGGCAGACACAAACUGCUUGCUUGGAUGUUAUAAAACAGGACUUAACAAAGGGCCACAAAACAGGGAAUUGUCUCUGCCUGGAUGUGUCGAAACUACGCUCCAACUUGAGACUUGAAUCUGGGGGGGUUCUUCCCCCACCCCACUGGGGAAGUGGAGAGCUCCCCUUGCAAUCCUUUCUGGUUGGUUUGGGGGUACACGCCAACUGAAAGGAACUGGCUACAAAAAUGGCGACCCCGGUUGUUACCAAGACCGCAUGGAAGCUACAGGAAAUUGUGGCCCACGCCAGCAACGUGUCCUCCCUGGUGUUGGGCAAAGGUUCGGGACGGCUUUUAGCAACAGGAGGAGAUGAUUGCCGGGUUAACCUGUGGUCAGUGAACAAGCCCAACUGCAUCAUGAGCUUAACUGGCCACACGUCGCCUGUGGAGAGCGUCCGACUCAACACCCCUGAGGAGCUCAUUGUGGCCGGAUCCCAGUCAGGCUCCAUUCGCGUUUGGGACCUGGAAGCUGCCAAAAUUCUUCGCACCUUAAUGGGGCAUAAAGCCAACAUCUGCAGCCUGGACUUCCAUCCCUAUGGGGAGUUUGUAGCCUCUGGUUCUCAGGAUACAAACAUUAAGCUCUGGGACAUACGGAGAAAAGGCUGUGUGUUCCGGUAUAAGGGGCACACUCAGGCCGUCAGAUGUCUCCGGUUUAGCCCCGAUGGGAAAUGGUUAGCAUCUGCUGCAGAUGACCACAGCGUGAAGCUUUGGGAUCUGACUGCGGGGAAGAUGAUGUCCGAGUUCCUGGGACACACGGGGCCCGUCAACGUGGUAGAGUUUCACCCCAAUGAGUACCUCCUGGCUUCUGGCAGUGCAGACAGGACAAUCCGCUUCUGGGAUCUGGAGAAGUUCCAGGUGGUCAGCUGCAUUGAAGGGGAACCUGGGCCUGUCAGGAGUAUACUCUUCAACCCUGAUGGCUGCUGCUUGUACAGCGGGUGUCAAGACUCCCUUCGGGUGUAUGGCUGGGAACCGGAGCGCUGCUUCGAUGUGGUCCUGGUGAACUGGGGCAAGGUGGCCGACCUGACCACCUGCAACAACCAGCUGAUCGGCGUCUCCUUUGCCCAGAGCAACGUUUCCUCUUAUGUGGUGGAUCUGAACCGGGUCACGAGGUCUGGGACUAUUGUGCAAGACCCAGUGCAGGACAGCAGGCCCGUGGCUCAGCCCACACCCACCGGUUCCACCAUCCGCCGAGGGUACGAGAGGCCGGCCACAGCCUGCAGCAAACCCCAGAGGGUGAAGCAGAACUCGGAGAGCGAGAGGCGGAGCCCCAGCAGCGAGGAUGACCGUGACGAGCGGGAAUCCCGGGCCGAGAUCCAGAACGCUGAGGACUACAAGGAGAUCUUCCAGCCCAAGAACAGCAUCAGUCGGACCCCACCCAAGAGGAGUGAGCCAUUCCCCGCCCCUCCAGAGGAUGAAGUGGCCAUAGCAAAGGAGGCGUCCAAGCCCAGCCAGGCCAUGGACGUCCAACUCCCGAUGCCAAACAGAGGAAACUCUGACUUUGUGCCCAGGGUUCCCGUUGCCACCUCCACCCCAAUGCCCAAAGCUGAGCCUGCUGUCAUUCCUGCUGCCAGAAAUGAGCCCAUCGGGCUCAAAGCCUCCGACUUCCUACCUGCCGUGAAGAUGCCCAACCAGUCAGAGAUGGUGGAUGAAGAUGCCAUGUCCCAGAUCCGAAAGGGCCACGAUACCAUGUGUGUGGUUCUGACCAGCCGUCAUAAGAACCUGGACACAGUGCGGGCCGUCUGGACCACGGGCGACAUCAAGACAUCCGUGGACUCAGCCGUGGCCAUCAACGACCUGUCCGUGGUUGUAGACCUCCUCAACAUAGUGAAUCAGAAAGCGUCUCUUUGGAAGCUGGACCUCUGCACUACUGUCCUCCCCCAGAUCGAGAAGCUGCUUCAGAGUAAAUAUGAGAGCUACGUGCAGACGGGGUGCACCUCCUUAAAGCUGAUCCUGCAGCGGUUUCUACCCCUGAUCACAGACAUCCUGGCUGCCCCGCCUUCAGUGGGGGUGGACAUCAGCCGAGAGGAGAGACUCCACAAGUGCAGGCUAUGCUACAAGCAGCUGAAGAACAUCAGCCACCUCAUCAAGACCAAGUCCGGCCUCAGCGGCCGCCACGGCAGUGCCUUCCGGGAGCUGCAUCUGCUCAUGGCCCCCUUGGACUGAGUGACCAGCACAUUCCCGGGCUCGCACGCACACCCUCUGCCCGGCCCCUGCUCAGCCUGUCCCCAGGACCUCCACACACAGGGGGGGACGGGGCUGGGCCGGGACUUGAGGCAGAGAACCCCCCUCCUGCCCCUCGCCCCCCAGGCUUAGAGGUUCUGGAAGCCCGGCUCUCCCACUCAACGUCGCCUCUCCGUUCUCCCCGUCCCGGACCCGCUCUGGGGCCCAGCCACGUCUGUUGGGUUGGGACCCGUGCGGGCUUUGUCCCGAGAGACUCGGACCUCCACCCCGGCAUCCACACGGCACUCAGAAACUCCCUGCCAGCGGUGCGGGCUCCCAGCUCUGCACCGCUCCUGCAGAGGGAGGAGAGGGGUCAGCCGGGGGCUCCUGCAAUGACUUUGUUCUCCAAUAAACAGCUGUCCAACUUGG